GGGAAGGCAGACCAUCCCCCACAUUCCCCUCUCCACCCAGUUCCUCCCCUCCUCCCCAGCCCUCGAUAUUCACACCUCCAAAGCUUGGUCACACCAUGCCUAAUUCAGAAUCGCUUGCCGCCGACGGCGACCAAGCAACGCCGAUUACAAUCCCGUCGGAGUCCGAAGACCAGGUAGUUACGCCAGACCCGCUUCUGGGAUCCGGAUCAUUCAUAGAUCCGAACAACGGAGGAGACCAGAAUCAGAAGCAGAAUGCCUCCAAGGAAACAGAGAACGCAUCAGCAAACCCUGACUCCAUUCAUCUGAAAUAUACCCGGCCUUCAUGGCUGCCGGAAAAUUUUGAAAUGAUACUGCGAAAACGUACUUCUGGUGCCACCGAGGGCACCGUUGACAGGUACUAUAUCGCACCAUCGGGUCAACGUUUGCGCUCCAAAAACGAAGUCCUCACCUUUCUUGAAACCGGAGCCAAGCGAAAGAAGACAACUCCAAGUACUCCAAAUUCCGAUGACGCGGCAUCUGAGGGUUCGGCGCCACGUAGUAAAAAGAAGACAAGCGCAAGGAAAAAAGUUCAUGCUGCUUUCAGUUUUGAUUUCCGGAAUCCUCCGGAAAAAGUUAGUUGGUGUUUGACAUAUGCCACGGAGGAUGUUUGGUCUCCUAGGAUUGGUGAUUGGGAACUACCGCUUGCCACUAAGCAAGAAUGGGCCUCUGUAUUCAAUCAUGUAUGCCAAAGCUAAGCUGUUUGUUGGUAGUAUUGUAGUAAUAGACUUAGUGAAACGGGUAAUGGUUUGUAAUUUUUUGGUUUUUUUUUUUUUUUUUU